AUGCAUGUUGAGCCACGCCCCGCGCAGAAUGAGUACCCUGUUUGGUACUUCAUUUACGGAGGCCUAGUUGAUCACAGUGUAUUGGCCGAGCUACUGGGUGACAAUCUUCGAUUCUAUACGGCUGUGAUUAUCGGAGGCAGUUAUAUAGGAAACUUCAGUCCGGCCAACAAUGUUGAAGAUCUUAUAUCCUCGACUUCCAUAGCAUUACAGGUUGAAACACAAGAACAGGAGGAUAUGCUACGAGCGUAUCAAGGGGAUGCCUACGAAGUCGUGCGAUGUCCUAUUUACGUUAUGCGUAUGGACUAUGGAGAAGAGGUUCCUGGUUUGACAUUUCGGCUGAUCAAGAAAGCUACGGACUAA